UCGUCCUUCUCCUCUCAGUCGACGGCGGGACGUGUUUCGGGGCAUCGUCUUUUGGUCGAUUCUUCCUUCCUUCCUUCCGGAUGGAGGCCGCCGAGGUCGAAUUCCUGGCGGAGCGAGAGAUGGUCACCAUCAUCCCCAACUUCAGUCUCGACAGGAUUUACCUCAUCGGGGGAGAACUGGGUCCCUUCAAUCCCGGGCUGCCAGUGGAAGUGCCUCUCUGGCUGGCUGUCAACCUGAAACAGAGGCAGAAGUGCCGGCUGGUGCCUCCAGAAUGGAUGGAUGUGGAAAAGCUGGAGCAAAUUCGAGAUCAGGAGCGCAAGGAGGACACCUUCACCCCAAUGCCUAACCCUUUUUACAUGGAAUUAACUAAGUUGCUGCUGAACUAUGCUGCAGAUAAUAUUCCAAAGGCAGAUGAGAUAAGAACUUUGGUUAAGGAUAUGUGGGACACUCGAAUAGCGAAACUUCGUGUAUCUGCAGAUAGCUUUGUCAGACAGCAGGAGGCUCAUGCCACGCUGGAUAACCUGACUCUGAUGGAGAUCAACACCACCGGUGCUUUUCUCACCCAAGCUCUGGAUCACAUGUACAAGCUCCGAACAAACCUCCAGCUGGGAGAGAGUGUCCAGUCCCAGGACUUUUGACAGCAGGGUUUUUUCAUGAAGAGAGUGAUAUUCUCUUAAGCAACUACCUCUCUGGCAUUACUGGCUUCCGAGCAAACCUACUCUGUGCCAGAUUGUGACGUCAUGUUCUUCAUAGCAUUUGCUUCUGGGAAAAAGACUAUCUGCUAAAUGAUCAACAGCCUGGUACCUAAGCCAGUCUGCCAGUGCUACCAAGGAGUUGGUAUUGUCCUUGGCAGGUGAGGAGGACUGUUGACUUUCCUUGGCAAACAGGCUCUUGCCCAACAACACUCCAAGCACUGCACGCCUGCCAUUCCAAGAUGCAUCGGAUAUAACUAUUCAUGGCUGCCUUCUGUGCUAGGUUGUUUCACUAUCAUUUGUACGUUGGAAGAAGGAAAGAAACUACUUGCAUCUCUUAGGGAUGCUGCUCCUUCAUGGCCUGUGCCUUCUGAUCUUUGUGGAAAAGAGGAGAGAGACUAUUUUAAACUUCUGGCUGUGUAGCACUCAGCGGGCCUACUUGGGAAGUGAUUUGUGCCUGCCCUCCCAUCUUUCCAUCCAACACUGGGUUCGGUGCAGUGUCACUCACUGAAACCUCCUUGUCAGUUAGCCUCAGAGAUAAAGGAUUUUUUUUUCCAGAGGCCAUGACAGGGACCACUGAGGUACAGUGCCUUUUCGUAUGUGUCUGCUAAAACAGAAAGAACAUCUCUGUGAAGAAAUGAAGCCACAAAACCCACACGGUUUGGCUGAGGUUCCAUUUUUCUUUUAAAUGCUUGCUGUGACUAAACCAGUUCUUUGCAAUAGCCAGACUCUAUUUAUGUUAAUCAUAUAAGCAUUCUCACUGUUAGUCGUAAUAACAAACAUUAGCCAUCUAGUUUUUGAAUAUUUGGAGACUGCACUUAGGAUGGGGGAGGGCGCUAGAGAGGUUUGCUAGUCGCUGUUUUAUUAGGCAACUGUAAAAUAAAUAUUUUUAAAAAGCA